AUGCCAACCGGAAUGGAUAGUCUUACCACUACAUUCCAGUCGAUCUCCUCGUCGCACUUGAUGUUCCUGCAGCUGUCUUUGUUCCUCCCACUGGAGAGCAAGAGCUUUUCUCAACGUUUAAUAAGCAAUUUGCUUCAGCUCUGGAACCACUUGAUGGUCAUCGUGUACAACGUGUCGUAUGCAGGCUACGGGAUAGGCAUGGCCCUACGUCGCGACAUAGAAAUCGACUACAUCUGCGAGCAGAUAGUCGUCGAGACUUUCAGUGCGCGAUACAUCUUGCUGUGCUUCAAGCGCGCGCAGCUUCGUCGUCUCAUCGAAUCCUGCAAGAGGCUUUGGGGCUACCUCGAAGUCGGGGAGGAUAUAGUCGUGCGUCAGUUCGAACGAAAGGGUCACUUCUUUCGACACUUCUUGAUACUGUCAUCGCUAAUGGCGGUGACUUCGUACGUCGUAACGGCACACUUCCUUAGGCUACCGCCGUUAGAGGCCAACGGCACCGAGAGGAAGAUGUUGCCGUUUAGGUUCUUCAUGGACGUUCAAGAAGGGCCGGCCUUCAACGCUAUGUACGCGUUACAGAUCAUUAACUCGUAUUAUCUGGUCUUCAUGUUCGCCAGCGUGGAAACGGUCUCGCUCUACCUGAUAAUGAUGGCUUGUGGAUAUCUGCGAUCGCUUCAGGACCGGCUGUUGAGUUUGAUCACGGAAAUGAACGAGGAUGACUUGAGCAAAAAUGGCGAGGCUACGUUUAACGUCGUCAUGGGAUGUGCGCAUUUUCAUCAGAAAAUCAUGAUCUUCUGCAAGGACGUGGAUCAAAUGACACGAACGCUUUUUUUAUUCGCCUGUUUCUGCCCUAUCUACAACAUGUCCAUCACGGGUAUUAAGCUUCUGGAGAGCGACGAGGACAAAUUCAAGUACGCCUCGUUAUUGUUCGUCAACCUGUUUCAAUUCUUCUCCUGCCAGUGGGCUCCGGAGUUCCUGAUCAUAGAAAGCGAAGCCAUCGCAACGGCCGCCUACUUUGCGAGCUUGCAGCCGUUCGCACCAAGUCACCGAGAGAAGAUCAAUCGGAUACUGUACUUCAUGAUGAUGAGAGCCCAGAAACCGAUUCAACUGACUGCCGGUGGGUUCAUCAAACUGUCCAUCGAAACUUUCGGUGCGAUGGUGAAAAGCGCGUUCUCUUUCUUUGCUGUCUUGCGAAGCUUCAGAACUUGA